AUGGAGAAAGAGGGAAGAAAGAAUGCUGCCACUACCAACGGCGGUGAUCAUGGACUUAAUGAUCCAGUGGCUAAGGCUGUGAUUCAAGAAUCCAUAAUCAGUGACAGCAGCCGUGAUAAGGGUCAUGAUCAAAAGGGUGGAGCUCAACACCCUGAUGAUGUUCUUGCUUUUUCUCGAUGUGUUCACAAAAUAGACUCUUCACUUGAAUAG